AUGCUAAAGGCCACGCUUUAUACGUCGAUUACAAAUGAAGAAUUGACGGCGGUUUUGCCCAUUUAUGGCGCUGGUAAGCUUCUUAUGGCAUGUAAAUCCGGAGAUGUGGUGAUAUAUUCGCAUCAGGAUACGGAAAUCAAAUUGGUACAAAGGAUUCACAGAUUAUUGAAUAGAACGAAUCAAGAAAGUGUUAUCCACCGCAUGGUUUACUCACUGGAACUGAAUACUGUGUUUGCACAAUGUGAUCAUAGCAUUGUUCUUCUAAACAGCACCAAUUUGAGCCAGUACGACAAAAUCGUGGAUAAACGGGGAAUUGGGAAAUGUUGGUUGAUGGAGGGCAUUGGGGCAUUGGGAAAAACUUUGACGGUACUGGUAUACACAGUGGCACACUGCAGCAGGGUUAAAUUACUUAUAUGGCGAGAUCGUGCGUUCAAGGAAAUCGAAGAAAUUAAUUUUAACAAUAGAAGCGAAGUUAUGGUAUCAGCGGUCUUGCACCGUGAAAAGUUGUUGCUUGCCACCAAUUAUGGUGUUUACUAUUGGGGGCUCAGAACUAAGACCCUUUUCCAGCUAAAUCGCGUAUUAAGUCCCAAAUGGCCCAGCGAUUUGCAUGCCGCGAUGGAGGAGUUUAUGCUUCUAGAAAAUAUUGCACCAGGAAUCAUAGACGACAGAAUUUCACUCAAUCCGUCCGUUUUGUCCAAGAAAAGCAGCUUUUCGACGUUUUUUCGAGGAAAUCGCCAAGCAGUUAACGAGUUCAAACAGGUGAGAUUUGUAUUCAAACCGCAUAGUUGCGAGAAACCCAUUUAUGUCAAUGGAAAUGCUGAACUUAGUAUGGAAGUCUCCUUUAAAGAUCUCAGCCUCACAACACUUCAUUGUGCCGCGAGUCGAAAAUUUCUUGAAAAUCAUCGCCAGUUUGGCCACAUGCAAGCGCUAUGCGGCGAUCUUUUGUUGAUAUACAACUCUGAUGCGUUUCGGAUUAUAGAUUUCCGCUAUGGGUACAAUUAUUUGGAACAAGCGGUCGAUGUGGGCAUUAAAGAAAUCUUAAAAAUCUCAGAGAAUUCAAUAGCCGUGUGGACAGCAGACAACAGCGUCAGAAUAUACAAACUUACAGUUGAGGAUCAAUCUGAUGCCUCCUUCGGUCAAGAUUUUAUGCAAAGCGUCGAGGAAUAUGAGCCGAGUCAGCCAUUCAAGAAAAUUGUAUUAUGCAAAACGCUUUUAAGCCUAGAUGGGACAUCAUUACUAUGCGAUGUUCCUGAUUCGGAUGAUUCCAGUUAUCUGCUCGAUCUGUACGCCUUGAAGUUGAGAGAUCUAACGGUCCUAUGGAGCCUAAGAUGUCUAGAGAACUGCCUGGAUCACCACGACACCAAAAACUCAGAAUCAAAGGAAACACAGCGUUCUCGCUUACUGGAAGAACUCGUCGUAAAAAAAGUGUUUGAAAAUUUCGUCGAGUUUCUAGCCCCACCUGAACUUGUCAUUUCAUGUUGCUUGCCAUUGGAGUUGACUAGCGGUUUUGCAAGCGCUUUUCAUUUCCGGCAUGACUUUGGGAGUGAUCCUCAAAGAAGACAUAUACCUGGUUCUCAAAUAAAUCGAUAUUGCAUACCUUUCCUAAUAGAGGCCAGGAGAAACCUGUUGAAUGUGCACCGAGAGGGAAAAACCACUUGGGCUAACAGUGGCCGUAAAAUUGAGAUUGAUUGCCAAUUUUUCCAAAUUGAUCAACAGGAGGAGGCAUCUGCAGAUGAUCUACUAACACUUGUUGAUACAACCAUUUUUAAGUUAUACGUGGAAUACAGUAGGUCCCUUGUUGGCCCUUUCACGAGGGUGUCAAAUUACUGCGAACACAAUUUUGUUGUCAAGGAGCUCACAAAACAUCAAAUGUAUCAAGAAUUGGUAGACUUUUAUUUUUAUCGGGGAUGUCACAGUGAUGCAUUGGCUUUAUUGCGAAGCUUAUACGAUCGGCUCAACGAUAAGGAUGAUUUGCAGGAGCUUCAAACUAGCAUAAUGACCCUUAUAAUUCAUUACCUCCGAAAAUUACCAUCAGAAUAUUUAGAGACAAUUCUCCAAAAUGCAGCUUGGUUGUUAAAGGAAUUUCCCAGCCAGAAAGAAGAGAUAAUUACUGAUAUCUUUUUGAACUACGAUUUCGACCGUGCUAAUGUUGAUCAGGAAAAAACUUACGAUUUCAUCAACGGAGAGUGUUCAAAAAUGGGUCUGAGGUACCUGGAGUACGUUGUUGAUAUACACCAGUGCAAAAAUAGCGUCAUUUAUGACACCUUGAUAAUGAGGUACUUGGAUGAUUUACAUGCGCCGGCAACGAUGAAAAAGCUGCUUGCCAUCUUGAAAACUACUGUUGCCUAUAAUGCUCACAACGUUUUGGAGAUGCUUCGAGACAAGCUGACGAAUGACUCUCUCUCUGCUGAUGAAAUAAGACAAAUAAAAUUGAUGGAGACUUUCCCAAUGAAGCUGAUAGGUGAUCACGAAAAUGCAUUAUGCAUCUUUCUAGAGGAUCUUUCAAGCUAUUCUUUAGCGUCCUCGUAUUGCUCGGAUAUCUAUAAAUCUAGUCCCGAGGCUGGAAAGGUACUUUUAUGGCGAUUCUUGGACAUGAUUCUCGAAAGCACGACUUCAAAACCCCCUCACAACCUCAGGCAGUUCUUCCAAGAGUACGGUUCUGUGUUAGACUUUGUUGAGUUCCUACGACGGAUUCCAACCUCGCUUUGCUUGGAGGGUUUUGAAAGGGUGCUAUCUCACCGACUAAAAUUCAACGCCAUUCAAAAGAAUAACUCGCGGUUGCAGAAGAACCUGCUUCAAGUUGAUCUCAUUAAUAAAGCUUACGAAAUUAAUGAGAAACAAGCUGCAUAUGUCAUCCUUUCUGAAGAGACGAAAUGCCCUGUGUGCAACAAAAGUCUGAAAAAUAAUGUGGAAGAGACAUAUACCAUCUCUCAUAAGCACGGCCGGGAUGUAGUUCUGCACUACGGCUGCGGGCAAUCUCAGCAGCACAGGCAUGCGAAAAACGUCCAGCAUCCACCCAAGGUACAUGACUUUUUUGAUAAAUAG